AUGAGAAAGGCGGGUGGCAACAGGGGUAACGAGCGUCAGGGACGCGGACAGGGCCAGCAGGGAUCACCCAUGGCGCCCCCGGCUCCCUCGAUGGGCUACCAGCAGCAGCAGCAGCAGCAGCAGCAGCACCACCAGUACCAUCAUCAUCAUCAUCACAAUAGCAGCUACAACAACGUCUACGACGGUUCCCGACCUCCACCGCAUGGAAUGCAGCCGAUGCCUCCGCAUGGUUUCGGCCCAGGUGGUGGUGGUGGUGGCGGUGUUGUUUCUGCCGGUGGUAACGGCUGGAAUACUCCGCAGCAUCAACACCAGCAACAAAUGCCAAUGUAUAACCAAGGUUAUGGCCAUAUGGGCCCUGGGGCUGGUGGGGGCGGUGGUGGCGGCUACGGGGACAUGGGAGGCAUUUAUCAAGAUGUGCACCCGGGACAGUACCCUCCCUCCUCUUCGCCGUCACACAUGGGUGGUGGAGCAGGCAUGCCUUAUAUGCGUAACUCACCCAUGCAUGGUAAUGUUCCUCCUGCUGUGCCGCUCCCAGGCGCCUACGGCGGCCUCCCAGGUCAGGGUGCCCCACUGCCUCCCAUGGGUUACGGUCGAGGUGGUCAUCCCCCAAUGGAUCCAAUGCAGCAGGGUGGUAUGUACGGGGGGCCAAUGAUGCGCCAUGACGGGUAUCAGGACAACCUUCUCAGCCCACCACCGCAAGUGGGAUAUGGUCCUAAUGUAGGGGCGCCGCCGCCACCACCGCCUGGGCCUCCGUAUGGUGGAGGCAACCCCAUGUCUGUUGCUCGCUCUUCUGGUGGAGUUGUGGCUGCUCCCGGCGCGUACCCUGAUCCUCGUAGCAAGGGUAUGAUGAACACGCCAAUGCCAAUUUCUGCUGCUGCUCGACACCCUCGCGUAGGAACUCCGGAACCUGGUAUGAUAGGUGGUGGUAUUCCACUAGGUCGUUUUAAUCAACAGCCUGCUUUGGUUCCCCCCAGCAUGGUACCGCCUGCAAACUACAUGCCAGGGACAAAUGUGCCACCCGCACAACCGCCGAUAAUGCCCACACCCAUGAACCCGGUUGAUCCCUCCAAUGUAGAGCGGUGUAGUUUGGUUGGCCCGGCUGAAAACCUUUACGAUUUCCUUUACGAACAUGAUUUGGUUUCCGUCGACACCCUCUCCAGCUUUUUCCCUGACGGGUACGAUCCGAAAAAAGAUCCGCCGCUAAAAAUCGCCGUCGAUGGUAACUUUUGCCUCAACAGCCUUCGUGACGAGCUACGGAAGCGCGAUCCGUUGUGGUUUUUGCACUCCACGCUUCCGGAGGAACUGCUUGACGCCGUGUCUCGUCACGUGGAAUGGAUGCGAAGUUUAAAUCUGGAGCCCAUUUGGGUCUUCAACGGACUCAGCGUGAGUGGCGAUGUAGAAACCUUUUUAACCUCUGAGGGGGAGCUGCGGGCCCGCGAUCUUGUGUGGGGUAGGCUCGAGGAGGGUGAAAUUCCCGACGAGGCGGACAUCCAAACCGCGUUUGAUCAGCCGCUGGGCGAGGAUGUCCAGAUGGCCGUCUCCCGCCACCUUAAGAAGGAGUUAAACGUGAUGGCCGUCACCGCCCCGUUUCUCAACUGGGCCCAGAUGGUCGCCUUCCACAAGGAGGGUCUUGCCGACCUACUGAUGGGGCCUCCCGAGCUGCUGCUGCUUCCCUACGACAAGAUGAAACUUAUUGUGCAAAUCGACGUUUCCAACAGCAAUGUGUCUCACUUUGACCGGGAUAAGGUUCUGCGCGCCUUGUUUCCUUUCCAUGUCACGGAAACCUCUACAAAGGACGCCGGGGAUAGGCUCAUGGACCUUGGUUUAAUUACCGCCACGCAUCCUGCGCUCUCCUCCACUAGCGUAGGCCUCAACCUCACCAUGGAGGAGGUGUACGAGGAACUCUCCAGUGAGACGCCCAAGUAUCGCUCCAUCAAAGAUUUUAUUAACGCGUACGCCUUUGUGCAGGAUGCAAACAAGAAGAAGGCUGGUCUCAUCAUCAAGCAUUCCAAGGGGCGAGGUUAUCUUCGUUACAGUGGGGUUUUCUCCUCAAAAUUGAAUGACUCCCCGUUGGUGUACCUCAUUCGCGUCCUUGAGCCAGGACUGACAAAUGACGAUAUGCCGGCGAAUCUUAUUGGGGUUUUGGGGAACUUCGUACCACUAUCUCUGUUUUACUUGCAAUUUGUGGGACUACUUUCGGUGCGUAUCAUGACGGUCGUCACGCAGUCCUACAUUCGCGACGAGUGCCCGGUCUCCGACACCAAGGACUACCAUGAGAAGUUGGAUGUGCUGAUGACGAUGCGGAGUCAGAUCAUUGCCCAGGUCUUCAAGAAGAUUGCGAAGGACAAGCACCCCAAAAACACGGAGUGCCUGUCGUGGGUUCGCUGGUUUAAGCCUAUUCUGGCGCCCAUGCAGCGACCAAGGGAUCUUAUCAACCUGGAUGAGUGGGAGGUCUCAAGUAGUGAGGAGUUGCAGCAGCUGGACGAGGAACACUUUGAGCGGUAUAGCAUUGCCUCCGUGCUCACCUUCAGCGCCGAGGCCGCACGACCGAUACGGGAACCAAGUAACUGCUCUCCGCGUAGGGCGCCGAUACGUUAUCACGGCAAGAGGGAAACCUUCUUUGCGGUGCUUCUUAAGGCCUUUGAUUUUCUUGGCUACUUUUCCCACUCCACGGCCUCACCGGAGGCCGUGGAGGAGGGGGAGAUGAUGGUGAUGGGCGAGGAAGAGGGGAUGGCGGCGAUGGGGCGGAUGGGCAACGCGGAGGCGGCGCCCAUGCUGGUCCAGGAUAGCAACAGCAACAACUACCACGACCUCCCCGACGCCCUGCCCGAGGACGGCGUCACCGAGUACCCCACAGUCUACUUCCCCACCUACUUGAUGAACGCCAUUAAAAACAACCCGCGUUCCUUUCAAAAUGCGUUUGUCGUGUUAACAGAAAUUCUUCGCGUUGGAAUUAUUGGUAGUUUGCCGUGUCGAUACAUUGACCCCGCAGACCCGCAGCUAGCAAUUUCAAUGGAGAACCAGGAAUCUAACUGUGACCCUCGUGUGCUACUGGCCUCGCGCAUUGGUUGCCUCAUUUCUGUGCCGUACCGCCGGGAAACUGAGGAUUUGCCGUUUAUUUGGGCCCCAGUCUACAGCCGACACCUCUGCGCGUUUACGGUGAUGGUUCGAGCCAUGUGCCGCUGCCUGCGCGAGCUGGUGGAGGUGAUUGCCACAACCGUGUUCCUGGCCGGGAACAGCAGCUGUAGUUUGCUCGACUUUGCCUCCUAUUCCUUUCUCUUGCCGUUUGGGGAGAUGCCCUCGGCGAUUGGGGGGCUCCUGCUGCACUACGUGCUCGUCUUCCCCUCCGACUACCAGGUUAGCCUGACGACGCGGCAGGAGCGGCUGGAGUACCUGCAGGAGAAGUUCCGCGACAUUCCCGACCUGCCCAAGCACCUGCGCGUGGUGAUGACCUUCACGCUGCAGGCCCUCUACCUGAUCAACGCCUACAAAGUCAGCGACAAGGGGACGGUGGUGCCGCAGCACCUGCUCGAGGACAACACGGUGGAGUGCACAAUCCAGCUGCUGUGGGAGAAGUGGCGCGAGCACAUCGACGACAACCCGCCGCAGGACAUCCACGGCCUCUACAGUGAGACGAUGGCGGGGAUGGAGCGGGGCCCGCUCGGCGGCUGA